AUAAAAAUUUUCCUAAGAAAAUACUCAGAUGUCAUAGAAUAUUUGAGUAUUCCAAUUAUUUCAUGAGAUUUAGAUAUCAGUUCCAUCUCUUUCUUAUGCAAUAAAUUAGUUUGUAGGUAGGCAUCUUUCUGACGUUUUCCUGAAGGAAAGGUAAAUCCAUCUUCUGUAUGUGUAUAAACUGUUUCAACAGGUUCAUAAUACCAGAAAUUGUGGGAGGCUUCUUUGAAAACAGCUUCUGUCAGAGGAAUGGCUUCAUCUUCUCUACAAAUAUGUUCACUGCUGCUGGCUUUAGCUGGAUUCACCAUUUUAGUUCUCACUACGAUGUCAAAUAGAUGGAAAAUUUCUGACACCACAGCAAUGCUGAUUCCUGCAGAGUGGAUUUCUGAAGGUCUUUGGAUGGACUGUGAAGUUAAUAAUUUUGGAGCAAUACAGUGCAAGAAGUUUCUCUACAUGUUGAGUUCAGAGAUCCAUAUUCAGGCAUGCCGUGCCUUGAUGAUCAUUUCCAUCCUUCUGGGAUUCAUAGCUGCCGUGGUCUUGCUGCCUGGUUUAAAGUGUACAAACGUUGGGCUGAGUGAUGAGGAUGAAAAAAUGAAGGUUGCUGUCACGGGAGGAUUUCUUUUUAUUUUAGGAGGUCUCUGUUCGAUGGUGGCCGUUUCUUGGUAUGCGGCAAUGAUUACUGCUCAGUUCUUUAAUCCAUUAUAUACUGGAACCAAAUAUGAACUAGGAGAUGCUCUGUACUUAGGCUGGGCUGGAUCUGUUCUUUGUAUGCUUGGUGGGAUCUUCCUAACCUGUUCAUGGAAAGGGAAGAAAAAACAGGAACACAGUGCCAACAAAUACAGAUAUUCAGCAGCCCAGGCAGCUUGUCAGCAGCAAAUUUACACCAAAAACUCCGAGACAGUCACAAGUUCCAAGGAGUAUGUCUAAACUUACAUUUUCACAUCACUUUUAACGUUAUGAGGUUUUGAACUUACAUAAAAAAAAAAGAUUUCCUUCCAGGGAUUCGUUCUAUGUUGUAAUCUUUCAUCUUAAUUUGGAGAUUAUUUACAUCUGAACACCUCCUUCUGGGAAUGGCUUUGAAGUAGAAAUAGAUUUCUGCAGAUGUGAUGUGAAAUUCUGCAGCAUGAAGGCUGUCUGCAUGCUGAGAAGUCUGGUAAUAUUUAAGCACAGAGUGUGGGAUAUCCUGAUAGCUGAGACCACCUUUUUCUGUUUCAGCUAACUAGACAGUGUGGAACUGGUGUGCUGUAGCUGCCUGUGAGUUAAUACAGCUCACUGUAUUUCUCAUUCUCGUUCAUAUCACUCAUUUCUAAUUGUUUUAUUUUCAUUAGUGUUGGGAGCUUUAGCUUGUAACAGUAAAUAAGCUUUAUUCCACUGACUGACUAAAACAGUCUUUCUGAUGCGUAGUAUCCUGGCCAUUAAUGAAGAGAUAGUCUAUAUACUGUGAGUUUGAAGUCUAAGUCUCAUAGUAUACUGAAAUACAUAUUAUGUAUGUAAUCAAGAUUUGUAAAAGGUUCAAAAAUCCCUUAGAAUCAACCACUCACCUGUGUAUCUGUGGAUGUGCAACAAGUUCCUUGUUGGUUGGGUCAUAGCUAUGAAAAAUAAAUGCUACAGAACAAACCAAACACAGCUGGGAACAAGGAAAGCUGCUGGUCAGACUGCCUUGAGGUAACUAGAAUCUAGCACCAGUUUUGAUCUCUUCUUUCUAUCUUUUCAGCUUCAAAAAUAAUUAUAUUUUAAUUUUGGGCAGUCUUUUACUUUGGGAGCUUCUAUUGCAUCUGAAUUGCCUAAUUCAAGUAAUUCUGCAAUGGCUUUGUUCUCUGUCAUGGUUCCAGCAUUAGAACUGAUGCCUUAAACUGCUUCACUACUGGGAGCUUAUGUUGCCUUAUGUAAGCACUUAAGACACUGAAGAUGAACUAAUUUUCCUUAAUAUUGAUGUCUUGAGCAACGUGAAAUGGAAUUUCACACUGCAGGUUCACAGUUUUUUUGUCCUUAAAUUAUGAAUGUAUUAAUAUAGUUCAACAAAAAACUUUGGUAUUUCUCUGCUUUCAACAUCUUGUGUCAAACCGUAACUACAGUCUGGGUGAGAAACUUCAUGCUUCUUCCUUAGCUUGUCCUUCCUUGUUUAUCCAAACAGAUACAUUUAUUGGGGCAACCUGCAAAUAGUCGGAGCAGAAACAGUUUAGUCACUUUGCUUGCCUGCAAAUACUGCUGAUUUGUAAAGUGAGACUUUAAGGAAUGAAUUUGGCCACUGACAGAUCUUAAACUUAAUAAAUUAAACCAAAAUGAGUGACAAUGGCUUUUAGGUUGCCACUGUCAUCUUUGUCCCUCAACAACCAACUCUUUCUCAUAAAAUCACCCCUUUGAUAUAUUAAAGAAUAAUUUCAAAAGCUGAGGAGCCAUUUAGCUUGUUUUGUGGGAGCUGAACUCCUUAUAAUCGCCUGAAUAUUCUGUCUAGUGUAUUUUUAUGUAAAUCUGUGUUGUUUGGUCUAGUUGAAAGUAAGAAAAAUUCAGAACUUAGGCAGAGAAAUAGGUGUGUCGGAAUUCAGAGCUUCCUUGGUCUUGCAUCAGCUCUUCCAGCGACAUCACUGGGAAGUCUGAUGGAAACCAAGAGGAAAAUCCCUUGUUCAUUCAAUGUGUCAUUGUCAUAUUCAGUGUUACUGAGGGGACA